AUCUAGUGAACUAUAGACCACAUGGUUUGGGCAUCAGAGAAGAAUCCGGAUGCUGACUAGAUAGGCUGCUGGUAAGGUUUUGAGACACAGCCAGAAAGCACCGCUGCUACAGCAGCAUUCUUCUGACUCGCAGAGCUCCGGGCGAACCAUCUGACAUCGCAGGGCUAUUCGCUCUGAAAGACAGCAAUCAGCCAUUUUAGUCUUGCGCGCACAUCCAUGCCAAAACAACAAAGCUUCCAUGAGGCACAAAAGCAAAAGACCGAGAGUUUUAGACAAUAAUAAAAACAGCUGCUCUUUUAUUUACGCGAGUUGCCUGUUUUCGAACUGAAUUCUAGCAUGUGCCACAUGUGACGAUUGUAGGAAUGUGGAGCAUGGGAUCACAGCAGCUCUUCACCUACAGCUCGGAAUCGUCUUGGGAGAUGACAGAUGGAUGCAUAGGGAGGAUCGAAGCCUGCCAAUCAACAUUGUGAACUCAUCAUGGACCAGGGUUUCAGUUUCAGCACACUGAAGAAGUUAGCGGCCGAGCCAGAUCACACUGACGUUACUCUGCCAGCGGUAGAACGUGUGCGGGCGCUCAGCAAAAUGGGCUAUAACAUUGAAAUAAAUGAAGACAUCGCCCCGCGACGCUACUUCCGCUCUGGCGUAGAGAUGGAGCGCAUGGCAGCUGUUUAUCUAGAGGAGGGAAGUCUGGAGAAUGCCUUUGUCCUCUACAACAAGUUCAUCACUUUAUUUGUUGAGAAACUCCCCAGUCACCGGGACUAUCAGCAGUGCAACGUCCCUGAGAAGCAAGUAAUAAUGAAGAAAUUGCAAGAAGUGGCCUUUCCACGAAAGGACCAAUUGAAGAGACUUCUCCAUGAAAAAUACAACAAAGAACACAGUGAAUAUCUGAAGAGUCAGACUCAAGCCAUGGCUGUAGACAUGUGUAGUGAACGACUGCAGAAGAUGUCUCUUCUGGAGGAAGAACGACAACGUGUAGCACAGCUCCGAAAGAUGCAAAUCGAGUCCGAGCAGUUCCGCUACUUCGAGGACCAACUGCGUAGACAAGAGCUGGCCAGUCGCAGGGAUGAGGCUGUCCCCAAAGUGCCUGAACAAACUGACGGGUCCUGUUUAUCCCAGACCACGAGAAACCAUGUGCGCCUUGACCCCAAUCGUAACAAACCGGCGGCCCCCAUCCCCAAACCGGCAGCCACCUUAGCAGCUGUACAAAAUCAGCGUGUUGAAGGCCUGAGGCGGGUUUUAAUCCCACGAGACUUGACUUACAGGUUCCUUCUUCUGGCUGACAGUAACACAGCGAGAGGAAUUGAGACGUGUGGAGUUCUCUGUGGAAAACUGACGCACAAUGAGUUUGUGCUGACCCAUGUGAUCGUCCCCAAGCAAUCUGCUGGCCCUGACUACUGUGACAUGGAGAAUGUGGAAGAGCUGUUCAGUUACCAGGACCAUCAUAACCUUCUGACCUUGGGCUGGAUCCAUACACACCCGACACAGACGGCCUUCCUUUCCAGCGUGGAUCUGCACACACACAGCUCUUAUCAGCUCAUGCUACCUGAGGCCAUCGCUAUUGUUUGUGCACCUAAACACAAUGACACGGGAGUGUUCCGUCUCACCAGUGCAGGAAUGGGAGAAGUGGCUGGAUGCAGAUUGAAAGGUUUUCACCCCCACUCUAAAGACCCUCCUCUGUUCACUAUUUGCAAGCACAUUGUGGUGAAGGACUCGAAAACGACAGUUCUGGACCUCAGGUGACAGAGGAAGAGAUGAUAUAUUUCAGUAUCAGCAAACCAUUGAGAAUAUUUAUAUCUUUCUUUACUUGAAGGCUUUUUUGUAUUUAUUUAUUUUACAAAUAGGUACUGUGAAACAGAAUCCCUCAGCUACACCGUUUGUUUAGAGCAGGUUUGGUGAAGUUAUUGAGAUGUUCCAAUGAUGUUUUGUGUUUUGUUCGUGGCCAGGUGUUUAAAAAAAUGUUGUGCCGUGUUUGUCCUCACGGUGGCGUCCUUUAUCAAGGUAUACUAUGAGGCUGCUACAAUGUGAAUUAAUUUCAGUACAUUUUAAAAGCAGGUUGUGUGUUUGUGUGAGAGAGCGAGAUUUGCCUUUUGAUAUCCAGUGAUAUCACUUGCAGUUCUCAUUCUAAUACAAUAUAAACUGAAGAAGUUAAAUUUCUUUUUAAACCUAACUGAAUUUUCUAGUUUUGUGUAUGCUGCUGGUACAAAAAUAAAAUGAAUUGCUACGAGUGUCA